AAUUAAGCACAAGUAAGAAAGCUAUUAACAAGUUUUCUAUGAUCAACGAAAUAAAUAUGAGAACUAUUGUGUGAUAUUUAUCAAAGAUUUGCACUAACAAUAAUACAUUUAGACCCAAACUAUUAGAUAAACAAGUCAAUAAAAUAAUUUCUACCUCCCCUUUUUCUUUCUUAAUUGCGUUUGCAAUAAUGUAUUCUACAAAAGAAUCAAAGUCAUAGUUUCGCUAUUUCGUUCCAAGGUAAAUUCCUCGGCAUGUAUCUUUCAUAUUUUUUGUGCAUUAACAUACCGCAAAUCUAAAUUAUUCAGACCCACUCGUCUUCCGAAAGAAUAAACUUUUAAUACGUAUCUUAUAUGUUUCUCUUUGUGGUUAGAAGAAACUAUCUGUCGAAAUAUUUCAGUAAGGAGCAAAGGAUCCAAACGCACCGUUUUUCGGACCACAAUACCGAACAUGGAUUGGAUACUUGUGAUUAUUUUCAUAUCGGGCAGUUUGCCAUCUGCAGUAGGUAUGUCUGGCUGCGAUAUAACAAUUGGGAAUAUUCAAAUGUUGCACGAACACCCGAAAUUAAGGAAGUGCGCAGAAACUAUUCUGCAAAAGCACGAGUAUAUUGGUUGUCGUGUAUCAGUGCAGACGGGCGAAUGCGAAGGACUAAACCACGACUGGGGAUUGAAUCAAACAUUAGAACAAGGAUAUGCGUAUGCAAAGAAGCUGUAUGUUGAACAUACCCUGCAGCCACCGUAUAAGCUCGUCUUAGAUGGUUUUGAAUCGUGGGAUAUACCUGUUGUGCUUGAAACUGGAGGACGAAUUGAUAUUUCUUUCUCACUUGAAUCGCUAGAUCAGACGAGAUUUUCUCUGUACUUGGCUGAAGGUGCAGGAUCAGGAAAAAGACAGCUUCAGUUGAGUUUUGUUGAUACAACGUUAGAGCUCGUGGAAUAUGUCGAUGGAAUUAUGCAAAUGGAAACUACCUUGACCAGUGGAAUAUUCGUGCCCAUGGGAAUCUUUAAGAUUUCCCUUUUGGCCCAGGCUAACUCUGUUGCAGUACGCGUUAAAGACGUAGCAGUUGGAACGAUGAAACUAGGUCUUGCAAAUCACCUACGUGUUAUGAGAAGGGUGCGUUUUGUCCUGCAAUCCAAACCCAACAUGGCUCCGAAAGAUGUGUUUAUUCGCAAGUUCGAGUUCACUGGAAAAUAGUGUUGCUACAUAACGAAACACCACCUUUUGUCCACACUGUACUAAAUGCCUAUAAUACUAGUUUUGUUUUUGUGUUAAAAUUUCGAUUUUUAGCCUGUAUUUAGAAAUCCACUCUUGAAGGUCAUAUAAAUCUUUUAUUUCCGGUGUUCAAGGAGACAAAUUUACCAAUUUAAAUAUUACUAAAUGUGUGUUGCGUAGAUAAUUCUGAGUAAAACCCUGUUACUUUUGUAACAAUUAUUUCAUUUAAAGUUGUGUCCAUUCUUACUUUUCCUCCUUUUAACGUUUAAUUGCAUUUUCUACUCGUUUUUAUGAUAGUAUACAGUAUGUAUUUAUGGUUAUACUACACGAACAAUCAUAAUGCUAAUGUAGAUAUAAUCUAUGACAACGUAUUAAGUAAUCAUACAAAA